AUGAUUUUUUCUUUCUUUCUUUCUUUCUUUCUUUCUUUCUUUCUUUCUUUUAUAGCUUUUUCACGUCUCUUUUUGAUUUAUUCUUUUUUCUACGUAUUUUUUUCAUUUUUUCUUUCAUUUAUAUUUUUUAAUAUUUUUUUCUUUUCAUCUUUUCCCCUUUUUCGAAUCAUUUUUUUUUUUUCAUUCAUUCAAUCUUUCUUUCACAUUUUUCAAUACAUUUUCUCUUCAUUUUUUUCCCCUUUUCGGUUAUUGUUUUCUUUAUUUCAUUCAUUCAUUCAUUCAUUCUUUCUUUCUUUCUUUCUUUCUUUCUUUACCCUUUUGAGAGAUUUUUCACGUCCCCUUUUAAUUCAUUCUUUUGUUAGAUCAAUAUUUGUUUACUUUACUCAUAUUUUAACACCCUUUCAUUCUUUGUUUAAAAGUUUUUCAUCCUUUUUCCUUCUACUCUUCCUUCUACUCUUUUCCGUCUACUCUUUUCCUUCUACUCUUUCUUCUAUUCUUUUCCUUUUACUCUUCCUUCUACUCUUUUCCUUCUACUCUUCCUUCUACUCUUUUCCGUCUACUCUUUUCCUUCUACUCUUCCUUCUAUUCUUUUCCUUUUACUCUUCCUUCUACUCUUUUCCUUCUACUCUUCCUUCUACUCUUUUCCGUCUACUCUUUCUUCUAUUCUUUUCCUUCUACUCUUCCUUCUACUCUUUUCCGUCUACUCUUUUCCUUCUACUCUUUCUUCUAUUCUUUUCCUUCUACUCUUCCUUCUACUCUUUUCCGUCUACUCUUUUCCUUCUACUCUUCCUUCUAUUCUUUUCCUUUUACUCUUCCUUCUACUCUCCUCCUUCUAUUCUUUCCGUCUUUUCCUUUUCUUUCUUCUAUUCUUUUCUUUUUACUCUUCCUUCUACUUUUUUUCCUUCUACUCUUCCUUCUACUCUUUUCCGUCUACUCUUUUCCUUCUACUCUUCCUUCUAUUAUUUUCCUUUUACUCUUCCUUCUCUUUCCUUCUACUCUUCCUUCUCUCUUUUCCGUCUACUCUUUCUUCUAUUCUUUUCCUUCUACUCUUCCUUCUUCUUUUCUUUUCCAUCUUUCUUUCUUCUAUUCUUUUCUUCUCUCUUCCUUCUCUCUUUUCCGUCUACUCUUUUCCGUUCUUUUCCUCUUCUUCCUUCUAUUCUUUUCCUUUUACUCUUCCUUCUACUCUUUUCCUUCUACUCCUCCUUCUACUCUUUUCCGUCUACUCUUUUCCUUCUACUCUUCCUUCUAUUCUUUUCCUUUUACUCUUCCUUCUACUCUUUUCCUUCUACUCUUCCUUCUACUCUUUUCCGUCUACUCUUUUCCUUCUACUCUUCCUUCUAUUCUUUUCCUUUUACUCUUCCUUCUCUCUUUUCCUUCUCUUCCUUCUCUCUUUUCCGUCUACUCUUUUCCUUCUAUUCUUCCUUCUACUCUUCUUUCUACUCUUUUUUCUUUUCCUUUCUCUUUUCCUUCUACUCUUUUUUCUUUUUCCUUCUACUCUUUUCCUUCUACUCUUCCUUCUAUACUUUUCCUUCUACUCUUUCUUCUACUCUUCCUUUUACUCUUUUCCUUCUACUCUUUUCCUUUUACUCUUCCUUCUACUCUUUUCCUUCUACUCUUUUCCUUCUACUCUUCCUUCUACUCUUUUCCUUCUACUCUUCUUUCUACUCUUUUCCUUCUACUCUUUUCCUUCUACUCUUUUCCUUCUACUCUUCCUUCUACUCUUUUCCUUCUACUCUUUUCCUUCUACUCUUCCUUCUACUCUUUUCCGUCUACUCUUUUCCUUCUACUCUUCCUUCUACUCUUCUUUCUACUCUUUUACUUCUACUCUUUUCCUUCUACUCUUUUCCUUCUACUCUUCCUUUUACUCUUUUCCUUCUACUCUUUUCCUUCUACUCUUCCUUCUAUACUUUUCCUUCUACUCUUUCUUCUACUCUUCCUUUUACUCUUUUCCUUCUACUCUUUUCCUUUUACUCUUCCUUCUACUCUUUCCUUCUCUUUUUCCUUCUUCUUUCCUCUUUUCCUUCUACUCUUCCUUUACUCUUUUCCUUCUUUUUCCUUCUCUUUUCCUUCCUUCUACUCUUUUUUCUUUCCUUCUACUCUUCCUUCUCCUUUUCCGUCUCUUUUCCUUCUACUCUUUUCCUUCUCUCUUUCUACUCCUUCUACUCUUUCCCUUCUCCUUUUUUCUACUCUUCCUUUUUCUUUUCCUUCUACUCUUUUUCCUUCUACUCUUUUCCUUUCUCUUCCUUCUUCUUUUCCUUCUACUCUUUCUUCUACUCUUCCUUCUACUCUUUUCCUUCUACUCUUUUCCUUUUACUCUUCCUUCUACUCUUUUCCUUCUACUCUUUUCCUUCUACUCUUUUCCUUCUACUCUUCCUUCUACUCUUUUCCUUCUACUCUUUCCGUUCUACUCUAUUCCUUUCUUCUUCCUCUCACACGUUUAUUUCCUUUCGACUUUAUUUUUUUUUAUUUCUGAUUCGCCAUGUUGAGGGAUCCAUAUAUUCCUUUCAUUUCCCUCAUCCUGUUUACCGCAUAGAAUAUAUAAAUAUAUAUAUAUAUAUAUAUCUAUCUAUCUAUCUAUCUAUCUAUCUAUCUAUCUGUUGUUUGUACCUCUCCGCCUAUCCCAUCUAUCUAUCUAUCUAUCUAUCCUAUCUAUCUAUCUAUCUAUCUAUCUAUCUAUCUUUUGUUUGUACCUCUCCGCCUAUCCCCAUCUCUUCACAUCUAUCUAUCUAUCUAUCUAUCUAUCUAUCUAUCUAUCUAUCUAUCUAUCUGUUGUUUGUACCUCUCCGCCUAUCCCCAUCUCUUCACAUCUAUCUAUCUAUCUAUCUAUCUAUCUAUCUAUCUAUCUAUCUAUCUCUUCCCUUUCUUAGGCCUCUCUCUCUAUCCUUUCUAUCUAUCUAUCUAUCUAUCUAUCUAUCUAUCUAUCUAUCUAUCUAUCUGUUGUUUGUACCUCUCCGCUUAUCCCCAUCUCUUCACAUCUAUCUAUCUAUCUAUCUAUCUAUCUAUCUAUCUAUCUAUCUAUCUAUCUAUCUAUCUCUUCCCUUUCUUGGGCCUCUCUCUCUAUCCUUUCUAUCUAUCUAUCUAUCUAUCUAUCUAUCUAUCUUCAUCUUUAUCUCAUCUUUGUUAUUCUGUCUCUUUUUCUAUAGUCAUCUUUUCAUAUCUUCUCAUCUGGCGGUAUCUGUCUUUGUACGUACGAAUAUAUUUUGGCCACGCAUGUAA